AUGCCAACUCAAUUCUUAGUGACAAGACAGUCCACCAGCAUUAAUUGGUCUGGCGAGGUUGAUAGCAAUCGAACCAGGGCCACGAUUGCCAAGGCGCAAGCAGAAGCUCCCCAGUCUUCCCUGGCUCUCACAUUCCCAUACAGCGAGUGCAAGAAGGCACCUUCUGCGUACCGCCUUGAACAAUUUGUCAGCUCAAAGGCAAACAACACGUACUGCUUCGCGAUCCGGGUUGACCGUCCUGCCAACUGCUCGGACGCCUGUUGCAGCAGCAAGCUGAUCGUGAAGAAGCUCGUGGUCAACGUGAAGCCGGAAUGCGACGUUCCAGGCGUCCUGCUCGCAGCUACCCUGAAUGGCAAGCCCACGUCCAUCCUACCAACCUUCGACAAGGGACGAGAGGCGGGCGUUACACUCCUGAGGCUUACCCACCUGGACCUGAGCCUUGACGCUGCAAACGGUGCUGAAAUCUGCAUCACACUGAAUACCAACCGGGCCAAGAAGGGCUGCAUUAACCUCGAACAGCUUUGCGUGCCACCCCCCAACGAAAUACGCCCAGGCACGCAGUGCAGCGCCGUCACAACCAUAGUGGCGGAAGCCAUGGCAUCUGCAGCAGCAAUGUUCGGCGACAACAUCACAUCGGACUUCACCUUGAUGAGCUGCAGCGGCGGCAACAUCACCUUUUGUGGCACGCUUGUGCACACCUCCAAUCCCACCAUCCCACCAAGCGCCUUCAAUACCGAAGCCGCCGCCCUCCUAUCGAAGUUGCUGUCGGCAGCACUAAUCCCUCACGGCUGUCCACCAUACCUGUACAACCAUAUCAUUCACGCUGAGCUCACUGCGAACCUCCCAGGCAUCGGACUAACUAGGUUGGCUGAAGCUACGGAAACGUGCACGGAGUUGAUGUAUGCCAUGCACAUGGGGGCACUCCGUUUCCCGAACUCCAGCCGUUGUGACGCAAGACAAGGUUCGGCACCCUUUGCGGCCGGUUACUUGUAUUCGUCGAGGCCAGGUCUAGGGCGAAGGUCCAACAGGACAACUCUGUACUGCUUCACCUUCACAAGCUUAAGCAGCGUUAUUGAUGGAGCGAGAUGCGGAAAUGCAACAAUCCUUCAAAAGGUGGAUUUCUGGGCCAACGAGGAGCUACGGCGAAGUUUUGUCGGCUUUGGGGUCAGACCCAGCAACUCUGGAAGUCUGGUCUUCCGUAGCCCUUCGUGGGGCCCCCCUGGCAGCAACAUCGUCAAGGCCACUCAGCUGCGCUGGACACUACAGCAAGCCGCGGGGGCGGAGAUUUGCCUGGAGCUGCUCAACUCGGUCUCCCUGCUCGACUUCUGCAUAAGCCCCUACACCGGCGCCUGCUACUUGAGCAUUUUUGAUCCUUCCGGAGCUUGCUGCCCGGUCUAUACAGCAAUGGAGGGUUUCCCCGCACAGUAG